AUGGCGGUUAGAGAGGAUCUUAUCGACAAGGUGCUCUUCAAACCAUCUCAAUCGAUUUCAUUCGAUCCUGUGGACAAGAAGCAAAUGGUUCCGGUCGAGGUGGCGAACUUUUGCGAGACGGACGUGGCGAUCAAGUUCAGAAACACAGCGGUCAAGUCGUUUUACACAGUUCCGGUCAUGGCUAAGAUGCGCAGCAACGAGAAGAUGAUCUUUAAGUGCUAUUUCAACGGUUGCACCCGGGAGCAUGUUCCACACAAAAUUUGGUAUUUUUGGAUUCAUCUCGGGCGGAUUUCAUUCGUUUUUUCCUCAGGUUCGCCAUCACAAUUCUUGUUGUUGCGAGAGGCGUCGAAUGGGAAACGGUUUUCAAGAAAAGCAACGACAUUAAUCAGUACAUCAAUUACAAGCGCACAAUUCCAAUAGUUUUUAGCGGAAUGAAGGAGAAAGGCGGAAAGGGAACUCACAAUCAGAGUGCGUCAGGAGAGAAGGAUGAGGAGAAAGAAAAGGAGAAAGAAAAGGAGGACGAGAAGGGGAAGGAGGACGAGAGACAUCAGAAGAAGUACGAGUCUGAGUGGAUAUAA